AAGUACAAAACAGAAACCUGCUUUCAUUUAUCCAUGAUAAGACAAAAAGACGACUUUGCAGUCAACCGGAAAAUAGAAAUAAUAUAGGCAUCCAUUGUCCACAUGGCCAGCCUAUUUCAGUGAAAACUUUUAGCUAAAAAUUUCAUUCAUAGGAGACAGAACUGUGCAACCUUAGUUACGAUUGAUUGCAUCUUGAAGGAGGCACUCACCAGAGAUUCUAUGUUGCCAUCUCCAAGUGCACAUUGAUUUAUUACAGUUUAUCUGAGUUGGGAUGCAUACGAGUGCAAUGCAAUGAUGAGGAAUGUAACUUGACACUAUCAAGAAAUAUCUGAUCAAAAUUUCAGCAUCUUUUGCUGGUCCUUGCUGUGAGAAAGAAAAUGGAUGACUCAUUGAUCAAUGGAUAUGAAAAUGAUGGAUCGUUACAAGAAUUUCGAACAUAUUUUGUUCCUGAUAUAAAGAAAAGAAUUCAGGAUGUACAACGAAAGCUAGAUUUUUGGCACCGUUUAUUAAAAGAUCUAGAUAAGAAAAAAAGUAAGGGGUCAAGUGAACAUUACCUGGAAAGGGAAAUUAGAGACUUUGUUUCUAGACUUCAAAAUGUCCUUGAAACUUAUUUCAACGAGGUCCAACGCAGAAGAGGCAGAAGCAUAGUUGGAAAAUUCAUUGAUGACUUCAAGUCCGUGCGGAUGGCUGAUUUAGAUGUUAAAGAAAUUAAUAUGCAGAUAAGGCUGACCACUUGGCAUUUUAAAACUUUAAAAUCACUUAGUCCGACAGCAGAAGAAGAAAUAUCUCAGUCAGCAAAUGAGAAUCCAGAAACCGAGAUCCGACGAAAGUUGAGGAGAUGCAUCUUUGACUCUGGAGAAAACGAUAUUGUUGUGAAGGAUCAAAGCCUUCAAACUCUAAAAUCUGCUCUGCUUGAUGGCAACGACAGAGUUAUUUGCAUAUACGGCUGGGGUGGCACAGGGAAGACCGCACUUGCCCAUAAGUUAUACACAGAUCCAGAAGUUCAGUCCCUUUAUCAAAUUCGUUCCGCGGUAGAAAUUGGCCCGGAAUUUGCAGUAAAAAAUGUUCUUAAAAGUGUUUUAGAACAACUUCCCGAAGGGAGAGAGAGAAAAGAGCAACCAAAUCUAAAACUUGAAACAGUUGCAGAACAUUUUAAAGAAUAUGGAAAAGAUGUGAGAUACUUGUUUGUUUUGGAUGACAUACGGUCACUGGACGAUUGGAGUCUCUUGCGUAGAAUUUUUCCAAAAAAUCAAAACGGUAGCAAACUAAUGUUGACAACUCGGUUAGCAGAUGUUGCUUUUUCUGUGGAUGAAGAUGAACCAGAUGGACUUGAUGAACCAGGCGCAUUUGUUCAUAUGAUGCGGCGUUUAAGCCCGUCUGACUCUUUCCAGUUAUUUCACAAGACAGCAGUCUCGUGCGACCAUGACGGUAAGUUUCUCUUUCACAAUAUUCAUCCAAAUCUAAGUUCCGUUAUGUUCACCAUCUUCCGCAACUACCCUUUUCCACAUUUUUGUUGGAUCAAGAUUAUCUGCCUUAUCCUCUAUUCUAGGCAUUUCUUGAUAAAUUUUAUUAUAUGUGGUGUGUAACCUUCACGCCUAUAA